UAGGAUCUGCCCAACUGCCGAUCAGGCGGAAAAGACAAACCAGAUUGCUGCGCCCAUGUAAGAAUAGGUGGGAGAGAGUCGGGGAGAAUGGUGAAGAGAGGAUCUGCCGGGCGGUCAGUCCCGGAUAAAGGAUUAAGUCAAUGCAACGUAAGGUCUGUGGAUUUUGUGGAGAGUCCACGUAGGACAUGUAGUAUGCGUCAGUCCAUCCUGUCUGACGUCCUGUCCGCCAUGGCCUGUCUCAUGGAACGGACAAAGACUCAACAGCCGUCCUGUCUCACAGAUCAGUGGAUCGUCGGUCUAUGAACCCUAGACCCUAAACCCUGGACCGACUUGCACUUCUGGCAGUUUUCACUUAAGCUCGCACGACCCUGCGGGAUUAGCGCGCAGCAAAAGAAGACGACUUGGGCGAGGGGCGGAGGGGAGAAUGCAGAGCGAUUCGGCUGAAGGCUGCUGUGCCAGGGCAGGGAAGACGGAUGUGGUGCGACAGAUCAUGAGAUCUGUGCUGCUGGCUUGCGUGUGGCUGCUGCCGUCGUCCAAGGGGCGGGAGCUGAGGAGGCCGGCCUUCCUCAGGACAUCGAUUGCAGACAGCAAGGUGGACGGACGAGAUGACACUCUGGUGCAUAUUCAUGGGGUCGGACAGUUUGUGUGUGUGCUGGUGCGUGUGCAGGGUGGUGGAGUGAGGUUUCGGCCGCUAUCGCCUCUCAGAAAGGUGGGCAAUCACACUACAUAGACACGGACAUAUACGUGCGUAUACCACUGAUGCGUACUGUACGCGACUGGCUGGCUGGUUGUGUGUGGUUGUGAAUGAGUACGUCGCUGCUACGGUAGAAAGAAAGACAGGCCUCUCCGUCUGUCCAGCCACGCUUUUCGCUCUCGAGCGCGUGGCGGGCUUUUUCUUUUCUCUCUCGGAUGGAUGGAUCUGCCUGCCUGUCCUGUCCUGUCCUGUCUUUGUAUUGCUUUGGCCGGUGGCAUGCCAUCCAUCCUUGCGCUUCUUCUUCCUGCCUGCCUGCCUGCCAUUCGUCCCCUCCCCCUCAGGCACCCAGCCCCCCUCCCACACCCACACUGCCGUCCUGGUCCACCUGCUGUGCGGCCCUGACCUUAUCUGCGGCAACCAACGAGCGAGAAGUCCCCCCACUACCACCCCCACCUUCCCACCCAGUCCCAUCCGUACCAAAGCGCAGCACCGGCGCCUCGACCACCACCAGGACCAGGAGGGCCGCAGUGGCGCCGGCGCCAACAAGACGGCGGAAGACGACGACGUCCACCACGGCGCGCAAGUCGUCUUCAUCGACGUCGAGGAGAGGUGCGGCGUCCCCCUCCCCCACCCCGGCGCCCAAGCCGGUGCCGCCCGUGACGGAUUUGCCCCGGCGGCUGCCCGACGAGUGCGUGGAGAUCAUCUCGUGGAAUGUCAACGGCCUGAGGGCCAACCUGCGCAAUGGGGGCAUCCAGACGCUGCUGGAGGAGCACCCGCACCUGGACUUCCUCUGUCUGCAGGAGACCCGCGUCUCCCCCGACACACCGCUGCCCGAGUUCGACGCCAUUCGGCAGCACUUCCCUUACUGCUACUUCCACUGUGCGGCUCGGGCGGGCUACUCGGGCACGGCGGUCCUGUCCAAGACGCCGCCGCUGCGGGUGCUGCUCGACAUCAACUUGGGUGGAGGGGAGGGGGGCGAGGAAGACAAAGAGGGGCGGGUGGUAACCUGGGAGACCGAGUCGUUCUUCCUCCUGAGCGUCUACUCGCCCAAUGCCCAGGGGGAGCUGCAGCGGCUCGAGUACAAGCACCGCCAGUGGAACCCAGCUUUCUUCGCCCAUAUCGAGCGGCUCAGGCGGCAGAAGCCCGUCGUCAUAGCGGGAGACCUCAACGUGGCGCACACCCCCAAGGAUCUGUUCAGCCCGCUCGAGAGCGAGGGGCUGCCCGGUUACACGCCAGAGGAGCGGUCCGACUUCUCAGACUUGCUGGCAACGGGCUAUGUCGACACCUUCCGCAACUGCCACCCAGACAUGGGCGGCGCCUACAGCUGGUUCUCGUACCGCUACAAGGACAAGCAGCGCAACCGCGGCUGGCGCAUCGACUACGUCCUGGUGAGCGACCGGUGUCACGACGCCGUCAAGGGGGCGUACAUCGAGAAGAGCAUCGACGGAUCGGACCAUGUGCCUGUGGGGGUGGUCCUCAACACCACAGUGCUGAGCGCCGUGUGUGGGGCCACCACGGCCAAGGGGGGCGGGGUGAAGAAGAAUGAGGCCGUCAAGAAGGGCGUGGGGGGGAAAGGACGGGCAAAGGCAAAGGCAAAGGCGUGACAGAGAGAGAGAGAGAGAGAGAGAUUCGGGGAGGGGAGGGGAGGGAAGGAUGUGUUGGGCUGGAGAGAGUGCUUAACGCUGUGGUGCGCUGGCUGCGUGUAUGCUGUGUGUGUACGGUAGGUAGGUAUCUAUGACAUACGGAUUGUUUGUUGAUUGAUGUUGAGCAGAGAGGCGUGCUCAAACGAUCCUGAUGCAAGUCAGUCAGCUGGCCGGCCGGCCGGCCGCUGUGUGUAUCUUAUCUAGCUAUAGCGAUAGGAGUGGAGCAAGGAAUGUGAAUGUGCGACGGUUUUUGCGUGUGUGCGACUCAGCUGCUCGCUCGUUGGCUUGUUUAAACACAUGCGCUAAGCUACGCGAGUGAUGUCAUGUCAUGUGAUGGAUGCUCAUGUGCACGUGUGCACGUAUUGGCAACCUUCCUUCACUCUUUCACCCGUUGCCCCCCCGAGUUAACACCCCUACCUAAUGAAUGCACAUGUCCCCUCGUCUGUGUGUGUCAUGUGUGCAGGUGUCGUCGAGGCUGCGCUCUCCCCUGCGGCCAUUGUGUCGCAGUCGUUUGAACAGCUUGGAGGAGGGCACCUCGGCGGCCACGGCCGAGCGCACUGCAGUGGGGGUUAGCCCGUCUCAAGCCAACGGGGCGCCAUAUGCCGCUGCCGCACCCACCACAAGAGUCGAUGGCGACAUUGAAGCAAAAGGCAAAGGUGAGAAGACUCCCCCUCCCACCCCCCACCCCUUUGGGCAUGAACACUCUCCGUCCGUUUGUCUGUCUGUCUGUCUGUCUGUGUGUUCGGAUGUGGAUGUGCCACAUCCAUCAGGUGUGGCGUGGUACCCGGAGUGGAGCAGUGAUCGUGCCAUCGAGCACAUCACCACCGACGUCUCCAUGACGGACCUUGUCUCACUCUGCAGAAGGAGAGGAUUCGUCUUCCAGGUAUGUAAUACACCCACCUCCCACCCACACUGCUGUCUCUCUCUUUCUCUCUCUCUCCCUCUCACAGUCAUCCGAAAUCUACAACGGGAUGAACGGCUUCUGGGACUACGGCCCUCUGGGUGUGGAGGUGCACCGCAACAUCAAGAACAGGUGGUGGGACAAGAUGGUCCGCGAGAGGGAGGACAUCGUCGGACUCGACUGCUCAAUCAUCAUGGCGCCAAAGACAUGGGAGGCGUCGGGACACGUCGGCGGAUUCUCAGACCCAAUGAUCGACUGCAAGGAGUCGAAGAUGAGAUACAGGUCGGUGGCCCACACACGAGACAGACCGAUCAGACUCAUGUCAUGUGAGUGUUUUCUUUGUGUUUGUGCGUGUAGAGCGGAUCAGCUCUACUUUGCGAGGGUGGAGCUGGAGAGCGGCGAGCUGCUUGGGUACAUAUCGAUGCUCGACGGCGACAACAACGAGGCCCACGCCAAGAAGCUCGUCAAGACACUCAUGAAGAAAGCCGACGUCAAGGGGGACACCAAGCCGCUCGAACUCAAAGACGCCACACAGGUCUGUCAGUCAGCCAUACCGACACCAGGACACGCCAGCACCAACUGCACUCAUUCCUCCCCUUAUUCGCUGCCAUCAGGCGGCUCCUGAGGAGAUACCUCUGAUCCCCUCCCCAGCCACGGGCAUCCCCGGCUCCCUCACGCCCCCUCGGGAGUUCAACCUCAUGUUCGAGACCAGCGUGGGUGCGCUCAGCGACGCGGCCUCCAAGGCCUACCUGCGGCCCGAGACCGCCCAGGGCAUCUUCGUCAACUUCAAGAACGUCGCACAGACGUCGCGCGUCAAGGUGCCCUUUGGGAUAGCGCAGAUCGGCAAGGCCUUCAGGAACGAGAUCAACCCCAGGAACUUCAUAUUCAGAUCGCGGGAGUUCGAACAGAUGGAGAUCGAGUACGGGCGGGCAUUCACAGCACAGCUAGGGGGGAAAUGGAAAUGGAAAUGGGAGCGGGCGUGUGUCGUGUGUCUGUGUGUCUGUGUGUGUGUGUGUGGUGCAGGUAUUUCAUCCCUCCUGACGAGGAUGCGUGGCCCGAGUAUUACAAGCAGUGGAUCGGAGAAUCUUGGGACUGGCUCAAGUCUAUCGGUCGGCGACACGCCAGCACGCACCCUAGACACAUUGGCAAAUCCACCUGUCUCUGUCUGUCUGUCUCUCUGUCUGUCUGUCCAUGUGUAUUCAGGCCUGCGCGAGGAUCUGAUGAGCUAUGACGUCCACCAGAAGUGCGACCUCGCCCACUACGCCCGAGCCUGCACCGACAUCAUCUUCAAGUUCCCCUUCGGCGAGUCGGAGCUCAUGGGCAUCGCUGCGAGAGGCGACUUCGACCUCUCACAGCACGAAAAGGCACGCGGGCACGCACACACACUCAUGGAAGGAUACACGAGUGCACGUGUGUGGCGGGUGUGUACCGCACUGAUUGCACUGCGCUGCAGACGUCUGGCAAGUCGAUGGAGUAUUUCGACUCCGACCCCAAUGCGGCUGACAAGCGUCGCUACGUGCCGCAUGUGAUCGAGCCGUCGCUGGGCGUGGACCGUUUGUUCUUGGCCGUGAUGGUGUCGGCAUAUGUGGAGGAGAAGGUCGACGGGGAGAAGAGGACCUACCUCAAAUUCCACCCUUCGCUGGUCAGCCAACAGGGGAGCGCGCGGGAGGGGUGAAAUCGGUCUCACGGCGUGGGUGUCGUGUGUCUGGUGCGUGUUGCAGGCGCCCUACAAGGCGGCGGUGCUGCCUCUGGUCAAGAACAAGCCGGAGCUCGUCAGCAAAGGUGAGAAGGUCCACCUGGACGGACAUACCUCUCUCUCUCUCUCUCUCUGUGUGUGUGUGUGUGUGUGUGUGUGUCAGCCCGCGGGAUAUUUGAGAAGCUGAAGCGGCGGUACAGCGUCUUCUGGGAUGCCAGCGGCUCCAUCGGAAGACGGUCAGUAACACAAACACAUCGCAACACCAGCACACCACACCCACAUCCCCCUCCAUCCUCCCUGUGUGUGUGUGUACCUGUGUGCUGGCUGCAUAGGUAUCGCCGCGCCGACGAGGUGGGUGUGCCGUUUGCCAUCACGGUGGACUUCGACUCGCUGCAAGACGACAGCGUCACCGUCAGAGACCGUGACUCGUGCGAACAGACCAGAAUGAAGAUCAGCGACCUGUACCCCUUCCUGACACAGCAAAUCGACCCAUGGUAGCCUGGUCUGCAGAAGGGCCGGCCGGGAGGGGGGGACAGGGAGGGAGGGAGGGAGGGGGACUGUUUCGCUGGGUGCAUGGAUGUCUGUGUGGGCCGCGCCCGUCAGUGUGUGCGUGCGUGUGCGUGUGCGUGUGCGUGUGUGUGUCGGCGCAUCUCUCGAAGAGAGAAUGAAUGCGCCCAGCUAGCUGUGGGACAUGCCUUGGCUGACUAUAUCAAUGACUGAUUGACAAGCCACCCGAGCUCUCGGGUACUCGUGGUUCCAUCUGUUGGGUGAGUUCGAUUCAUCAGUCUGUUCA